AGAGCGCAGCCCGGCGGUUGUUUACCGGGGAGGAAAGAGCCGGGGCAGGUCUCGCCGCCGAGCCGAGCCGAGCUUAGCUGCGCGGGCGGGCUGGCGGUGGCUUCUCGCCCUGCGCUCCGAGGAUGCUGCGCCGGGCCCCGCGGCGGGCGGCGGCUCUGGGCGCCGUGCUGCUGGGCUCGCUGCUGCUGGCGGCCGCCCGGAGCGCCGAGGAAUGCCUCCGCGGCAACGGCGCGUCCUACCGCGGCAGCCGGCGAGUGGCCACCGGCGGCGCCCCGUGCCUCAACUGGCUGGCGGUACGCAGCGGCCCCGGCGCCGCUUUCCCGGCAGCAGUCGCGGAGGACCACAGCAGCUGCAGAAACCCGGACGGAGAUGCCGCGCCCUGGUGCUACGUCCAAGGAGCCGCCGGAGUUCCCGAGCGAAGACCCUGCGACAUCGCCCAGUGCCCAGCAGAUGCUGCAGUGGCCACCACCCCAGUCCCUGCAGCAGGAGUUGGUACUUCUCAGGAGGCCAGCCAGAUGUUUGAGCCAGCUGACACUCUGCCCUCCCGCAGCGAGGCCGCUGCAGUGCAGCCUGUCAUUGGCAUCAGCCAGAGGGUGCAGAUGAACUCCAAGGGAAAGAAGGACCUGGGCACGCUAGGCUAUGUACUGGGGCUGAUCAUGAUGGUGAUCAUCAUUGCCAUUGGAGCCGGCAUUGUCCUGGGAUACAUCUAUAAGAGGGGGAAGGACCUGAAGGAGAAGCAGGCCCAGAAGGCGCAGGAGCGCGAGCUGCAGCGCAUCACACUGCCCCUCGCCGCCUUCAGCAACCCUGCCUGCGAGCUGGUGGACGAGAGCACCGUCGUGGUGCACACCAACCAGACGCCCGUGGAGGACAGGCGGGAUGGCAGUGGCCCGCUGAUGGGGCAGGCAGGUACUCCCGGGGCCUGAGCAGCUCGGGCAGGAGCGCCACAGGUGGAGCGCAGCCUGCAGCCUCCCGCGCCGGUGCGGGGCUGCCGUGUUCAUUUCUGUUUUGUUUUCUUUUCGAUGAGAGCCAGGUGAAGGUGAUGCAGAGGGGCAGGACAAGGGCUGUUCAUCACCAGCUGUUUGAAGGGCACCGUUUAGUGCAUGACCAGCUGGGCACUGGUGUGAUGGAGCCUGCUGCUUCCUUCCACCUGUCUCCAUGGUGUGCCGAGGAGCUGGGGGGGAUGACAGGCCAGUCUCACAGCUGGCCACAGAUCCCAUGUCCCAGAGUGUGGCCUUGGCUUCCUCUAUUUCUGUUCCUAUUUAAUAGUGUGCACUGUUACUGAAGUUUUAGCCUGGAGGGAGCAGUGCUGCAGGGACUGAUGGGAGCUUUGUAUCAGCCUUAGCUAGAUAGUUACACUUGCAGUAUAGUUCCUGCCUUUUUGCUUUAGUGACUGAGAGCUGGAGGCACUGCCCAGGGUCCUUCCCCAAAGAAGGGUUUGAGAUGACCUCAGCCAGGACUCCCAGUAUCAAUUUGGAAAAGCUCUUGACAAAUACAGGUCUUCCAGGGCUGAGGCCACAUCUCCAUCCCUCUGCAGUGCAGCUGUAGGUGUCCAGGUGGUCUGCGUCUCCUGCUCACCUACACAGACAGGAGACCAAAGGCCAGCAGUAGAGAGCUGUGAAGGAAACAAACUGCCCUCCAGUUACCUACAGCAGGUUGAGCACUGAGGUUAGGGGACAUCCCCUUCUGAAUCUCCUUGGCUUUCUACAGAGCCAGCUGUGGAGGUCUCCUUGAGCAGGUUGCAACAGCUCUUGCUCUAAGGGCAGGACGGAGCAUCUGCUUCUGCAAGAGCAUGAAGUUUGGGCGUGGCUCCUGGCCCAGCCUCUUUCACACACACUCAGCUUGUGCAGCAAGGCUGCUUGCUCAGCACCUGGCCCUGGCAGAGAGGGUUUCUAACAACAAUCAGUCAGCAUUUCAGUAGGGCUGGAAGGGAUGGCUGCUGCAGAGGGUCCCACACAGCAGCGAGGCAAGGUGAGUUCAGGGAAACAUCCUUCCCCACCCCAGGGGACUCAAGCCAUUCAAGUAAUUUUGUAGCCAUCUGCUUCAUAGCUGUGGGCCUAACAGGGAGCAGCACUUGGCAGCAGGGGUUUUAGUGUCAGUGUUUGAUUCAGAAAAGGGAAAUGUUUUAUUUUUAAAUGCCUUUGAAUACCGUUUCUUUGUAAAAUGUUUUAAAUACCUCAUUCUGAGAAGGUGCAGAUUGUGCUACCUUGUAUUAAAGCAUAAAAGGGAAA